UGCUCUUCGUUUGUUGUUGCGGGUGGACGUGCUUGGACGUGCUCGCUCUCUCUCUCCGUUACCGUUACCUCCGCGUUUGCGUAUCCGUAUCCGUGUGUCUGUCCGCGUUCCCCGUCCGCGUGUGGGUGUGUAGGUGUUAGUGCGAAUGUGUGUGUCGCUUUGGUCGCGUGUCGCCGCUUUCAUGUAAACGAAGAUUGUGCAAAAGCCAAAAAACUUGAUUUGUGCGCACGGCCAGCAGUAAAUCACUUUAACAAUAUCAAUUCGGUCGUAAAACCGUUUGAAAAAACACGUCUAUAACGAAUUUAUCCAUAUACAAAACCAUGCAGCCGAAGUGUUAAUCGAGAAACUACAACAAAGACGGAGAAAACAACAUGUGAGGCGGCUUAAAAAGUUAACUCUGCCAGUCGAAAAGAUGGCCGCCAGGAUGUGCAGCAUCGUUCCCAUCGUCAUCAUCUAGAUUUUAGAUGCAGCAGCAGCACUCACAGAUACACACGCACACCAAUGCAGCCGCUGGCAGCCAGACACUCGCACACCAAUACCAAUACCGAUGCCAGCCCCUCUUAAAGGCUGGAUGGAUUCCAAGUCAAAUUCAUUUAUGAGUUUUAGCAUUAAAACUACCGAAGCUCAUUCGAAGCCCACCAAAAAGCACUCGGCUGUUGUUCCGCGGAGCCUACAAAAGGAUACAGGUGGAGCAGCAGUUGGCGCCCAUCACGGCCACCAUUUGGCGGCCGGGGCGCGCAAGCCCAAGCUGCGGCGCUUCAACUCCCACGACACCAGCUCCAAUAUGUUCUCGGUGGCGGAUUUCGAGAACGCCCGCCUGGCCCGUCGCAAUGAGAUCGAGUUGAACCAGCGGUUGGCACGACGCCUGCGCGGCAGCGCCAACAACAGCACCUACGGCCUGGGAGGGGGAGCGGGCUCAGGACUGGCGGGCGGAUCGGGGGGCGGCUAUUCCGGAUUCUGUGGCGGGAUCAAUGGCAGCGGCGACUACUCCACCGGGGACAGCAAGGCCUCCAAGGGCAGCAGCGAGUCGCAGCAGGAAGCCCUGCCCGCCGAUGUGUUUCUCGAGCGGAAUUCCCUGCCCCGUGUCGUCCGCAUCUUGCAUGCGAGCAAGAGUUCCAACGAAACGCUGCAGUCCAGCUCAUCGCACGGCUCCUCCACGGCGGCAUCGAGCAGCUCCUCGACGGGAGCGAAUCCGACUGGUGGUGGUGGAAACAUCUCUAGUGGCAACAUUGACACCGGCACCGGCACCCAUUCAUCGUCCAGCGGAGGAAGCGGCACCGGAAACGGAACUGGCUCUGGUCCUGGUCCUGGACCAAGCUCUGGUUCUGGUUCUGGUCACCAAAUCAACAACAGUCGCCACAGCAGCAAUGGCGGCACCCCACCCGGCCACGACGAGCUUUUUCUGCUCUACAGGCUGGUGCGACAGCGAAACAUCUACCACGGACACAAUGCCAAGACUCAGGCUUCGCAGCGCAAAAAGACUGUGCUCAUUCCACAGGAGUUUCCGGGUUACUUUUCGCUGGUGAGCGAGAAGGGUCUCCCCACGGCCACGCAGUAUGGAUCCCUGAUACAGCUGGUUCGGGAACGGGUCUACAAGUUCGCCUCGGUGGAUAACAUGCCGGCGUUCACUGAAUCCUCGCCCAACAGUACAAGUAGUCCAACGCACGAGGGCUGCCUGCCCAUAAUUAAGGGACGUCCACAAUACGUGAAAACGACGGCAAGGGGAGGACAGGUGUUCCGUCUUUUGGCCGUCUUCGAGGAUGGCAAACAGGAGCAGGCCAAUAUGUCGCAGCAUGGCAACGGAAAUGCGUCCAAGUCCCAUGGUAGUGGCUACAUGGGCCGCGAGAAGGAAAAGAACCGGUACGCCCAAUUGCUUAAUGAGAACAGGCAGGUGAUGUACGUUCCACUGUCCACCAAGGGCAAGUUCUACGAGAUCGAGCCGGGAAUUCCUCAGCUACUUCAGAAACUAGGCGAUGCCCAGCGUAAACUGAAUCCGGAGUGCGUGCAUCGUUUGGGUGCUUUGGUGACUGCGGCCAAGCAGUUGCCGUUGACACUGCGCUAUAUCUCAGGUCCUGGUAGUCCCGACAUCCCAGAGCAGCUGUGCAUUAGUCAGGUGACCAAGGAGGAUGUGGUCGUGGGCUGUUCUAUUGAGGACUUGGACACCCAGACGCCCCUGCAGCUGAGAAAGUUCUAUCCCAGUCGGGAUAUGCAGCUGGUAAGGAGCUAUCUGGGCUUUGAUUCCGAACAGCGGAUGCUCGCCAACACCAAUGUGCAGAAUAUGUUGAAGUUCUGUCAAUUUAACUGCGAUCCGUUCCUGAAGUUGGUGGAAAUUGAGUUGAUUCAGCGAUCGGAACGUUCGGGAAGCAAGAAUCGCGAGGGUCUACGAAUCCUGAAGCCAUUGCAUUUUCCAAAGAUCCUGAGACGCGAGAAGAGCACCAUGGCAGCAGCGCACGAGAAAGAGGAUUCGAUUAUCUUCCUCAGCAAAUCCGAUCUAGAGAACCUGGAGGCCAAGGAGGCAGCGGCCACUGCUGCAGCUCAGUCGGAAUCCAGUUUGAAUCGCAUCUCUGAGCGCAUGCGGGUGUUCCAGUCCACCAAGAAGAAGUGGUUCGGCAAGCAUAAUCCUCAACAGCAGCAGCCACAGAUAGAAAAGCAGCAAUCUGAAUUGGAUCUCGAUGAGCAGGCCAAGCGAAUGAGCAUGGAGCGCUACACGGAUAUGUCUAAGCUUUUGCAGGAGCGUUUCGGCUCGGAUCCCGAGCAGCCCGAGCAGGACGGCAUUUCUCUGAACAGCACAGCAGCCUCCGACACUGAGACCACGAUGCUGACCACUAUGGAGCCCAAAUCGCUGGAUACGAUGUUGCAGAAGUCGAUGUCCCUGCAGGAUAUUGAGUUGCUAAAUGGCCAGUGCAAACCUCGUCCCGACCUUCUGGCCAGCCACAAUCACAACGAUGCCAUCAGCGAGGCGGGUACCGAGCUGGAGGAUGUGGAGAACCAGACACCACCCCCACAGUCCUUCAUCACGGAGAAGCUCUACAACGAGUUUCAUGUGAAGACCAGGCAAUACAGCAAGUCGUCGUCGAGCUUGCACCAGUUGCGUCAUUUUUCGCUGCCGCAAAAGUUGCAACUUCACGAGGCGGAGAAGGAAAAACAUCAUCUAAUGCUGCUGAAGGCGCAGCAACAAUCGAUGGCAAGGGAACCGGUCACAGGAAGAAGGGCAGCUGGUGGAGUUUGCCUAUUGGGAGGAGGACUCAACCAUCUGGCGAUUUCUCCCGCCUCGUUGGUGGAAGAUGAUCUUCCUUAUUCGAGUGUGCGAGACUCUCUGGUAAUUUCCGGCGAGGGCUGCCUACGAUCGGACGCUGCCAACAGACCAGUUCCGGCCGUGGACUACACAAAGGAGAACAUAUACGCGGAGAUCUGUCCCUCGCACACCAUGGACACUUUUUCGGGCACCACUCAGCUAACCCAUGUGCAGGACGAUGAUGGGGAUUACGCGUCGCUUAAGUAUUCGGUCAACGGACCACAGUCCGUCAGUCGCAUCGAGGUGAAUGGUGCUACGACGGCGGUCAAGAGCAGCGCCAUCAGUUACCACACCGUGUACCUGGGGGAGGAACCGCUGGGCGAGAGACAUGCUGCCCACAUUACCACCGUGGAAUUGGCCGGAGAGGAUAACAUUUACAAUACGCUCAAAUGAUGACUCAUGUGAUUCCGGCGACGUAAGUUUGCCGGCGCCAAGGGCCUGUUUUAAAGACGCCUAUGGGCAAGGGGCACACAAAAGGGAAAGUCCACGCUUCAAUCAACUCAAGGCCAUCUUAUUGUCUUGUACUCGAAAGAAAUUAAACAUUUCUUCAAUGGAAAUAAUUUUCUUUCUUAAUCUCAAUAAAAAGUAUCUUAUUACACUGAUCUUAUAUCUUAAAACAUUUAAAAUUAGUCAAAAAUUUGUUUAACGUCAUUAUGUUCAAGUACUAUCUGUGAAUAAUUACUGUUCUGUACAUUCGCACAUGCAAAAUAACCUUAAUUUUCAAAAAGUGAAAAACAUUUUUUUAUAUUUGUUUCUAUAUUGUAUAUCUCAGUAAUACACUUUGUAGUACUUUUGAUUAUGUGAAUUACAGAGCUAGAUUCCUCUUUAUAUGCUUACACAUUUUUAUGAAUAAAAUCUCUUGUUUUACUAUUUCAAGAAUUAUAUUAUAGUCAACGAUCAUUUUUCGAGUACAAGACUAGGAUAAGAAAACUUUUUAAUCAGAUAGUUGAAUAAAACUAUCUGCAAGGUUUAUUUAAGGUCUGUAAAACGUUUUGGAUAGUAUUUUUAGAGAAUUCAACCACUAAAUCAAAUGAAUUUAUUUUUUAAUUUGUUUACGAUGUAAGGAAGUGGUUGCUAAUUUAAAGAAAUUACUUUUCCCUGUAUGCCUUUUGACCAUAGCUUAAAGGAGCUUGGAGUAAUACUGAAUCGUUUAAACACAAUUUAAUGCAAGUCAAAUGGCGCUGAUGCACAAAAAAACACAAAAGUAUAAAAAGUAUCUUAGUUUGCGAUAUGUUUCGGUAGACAAGCACACGAAACGAAUUAUGUAUUGUGAAUUCAAACAACAUUUGAAUCUGGGUUAACAAACACCUAAACAAAAAGUAAAGAAAAAUCUCUAUCGUAACAUAUAAUUACACAUAUAUUUGUAGCGAGUAAUAUUAGCAUAGGGAUCAAAUUUGUAAAUGAGACGUCGCUGUGGACGACGAAAAACCCCCUUGAAAUGACAACAAAAAUUGUAAUAUUAUUAUUAACCAAGUGAAGACAAGCAAUUUUGUAUUCUAAUCUAUAUAUGGUUGGCUCCAUUGAUCCACCAGUCCACGACCCUCAACCCAUUAAACACCCCAAGCCCUAUACCAUACAAAAGAACAUCAUAUUGAAACUGAACAUUUGGAAAUUGCAAUAUUAUACAAUUGUAUACAUUACUUAUAUAUAGAUAUACUUAUACAUAUAUACUUACAUACAUACGAUACGGAAAUCUUAGUGCAAACCUAAGGUAUUAUUAGCUCGUAGGCAAUCAACAAGUCAAAUCAAAUCAUAAGCGAUAUACAUCUACAUAUGCAUAUAUUGUAUAUUUGUAAAAUAGCAUAAACUUUUAGGGCAAAAUGCCAAACUUUUACACGAUCUCUCGUAUUUUGUCGUUCUUUUUUGGAAACCCAUUAACUUGGUUUUGUUGGGCUCACUUGUUUGUACCCUCCCAACAAUUCUAAGUUGAUCAAACAAAACGAUUACAUCAAAGUGCGGGCAUGUCCAAACAACAAAGUACAUAUUUUAAUGGGUCCGCUUGUCCGCUUCGUUCGCUGCCUGUAAAUAAACAUGGUGCAGGCAAACCGUCAGAUAACUUUCCAUACAAACACAUAUUUGAUCUAUUAAUAAGCAACUUUAUCGCGCCAUAUAGAAGUGCAGUAUCAAAGUAGAGUUUAGACAAUAAGGUCCAGUUUCUAGUCUUAAUUUGAAAGCAAAUAUGAAGCCGUUUUAAAUUGGAGACAUGCCGAACUUUUACUUGUGUAAUGAAUGACUUCGGAAUGGCCCGGAGGAUUCUUCAAUAUAUACACUUUCAAUUGGGUACUACAUAAAUAAAUACUGAGCAAGAA